UUCACACUCCUCGUAUGUGGAGGGGAAGGAGGGAUCCCACGAAUCUUGUCAACACGCCUUGCGAAAAAGGAAAGAAAAAAAAAAGAAAAAAAUAACGACGACCGGCUCCGUUCUAAGCGCCGUUUAAUUACACGGAUUUUGUCAGUCCCGGAAGGAAUCAGGAGUUGAAACGAUCUAUUUCGAAGCCAUCAUAACAGUUUUGGCGCGAUUUUUUUCUUAUCUGUUUUGUUCACUCAUUUCUCCGCUGGCUUGUACUCGGACGACUGACGGGGAGGGUUUGCCUCAUUUCUUUUCAAAACGGGCCCUUAAUCUAAAUCUCUGCGCGACCAGUGUUCCUGGGGGCCAGUCUAGUUCUAGGGUGAACCGGCUCCAAGCCCUCCAGCAGUCGGUACAACACACCCAAAACGGCCGAGAUGGCUGCUGUCGCGACAGCUACCAGCAGCAACCCUCCAAUCGAUGCAGGCAGAGUCGAAAAGCUGCUGGGGGAGUUAAAAUACCUCCAGUAUGAGCAUGAGCUCGAAAAGGAGUACUUGCCAUCGAUACGCGCGCUUAUAUCCAAGGAUUUGAGUGAGCCUUAUAGCAUCUAUGUUUACCGCUAUUUUCUUUAUCAAUGGGGUCACCUAUGCUUUAUGGCGUUGAACCCUUCUGACGAUUCGCUUGUCGGGGUUAUCAUAUGCAAGCUCGAGGUACAUCAGUCUCAUUCCCCACCGACACGGCGGGGCUACAUCGCCAUGCUGGCAGUGUCGGAGUCGUUCAGGGGUCAUGGGAUCGCCACGGCUCUCGUCAAGCAGGCGAUCGAAGCUAUGGCGGCUCGUGAUGCUGAUGAGAUUGUGCUCGAGACGGAAGAAACCAAUCUUUCCGCCAUGCGACUCUACGAACGACUUGGUUUCAUGCGAUCCAAGAAGCUGCAUCGUUAUUACCUCAAUGGCAACAGCGCCUAUCGACUAGUUCUGCUGUUGAAGCACAUCGAUCCUGAUGCGGCUACAGACUUGGCUUUGGAUGAGAAUGAUACUAGGUGAAUCCAUCUCAAAAGCCUGGAAGUGACGUCGGUCUGGCUGUCCUUGUGCUGUUUACUUGCUGUUCAUUUACUCCUCUUUGGGGACUGGAGACAGUAACAAAUUCAAUCAGGUUACGCCGCAUUUACCUGCUUGGUUUAUCAUGAUGAUGUUUUACGUUUUAAGCAUGAGCAUAUCGAGGGGUUCAAGGGGUUGGAGUUUGUGGUGUUCUUUCCAUUUCACUAUUAAGUCUAAACAAACUCGAAAAAACAGGUAUACUUGGCGGUCUUGGCUUCAAGCAUAACCUCGAGCGUCAUUGUCCAUGUGGAUCAACUCGAGAAGGUUUUCAGGGAGCAUUGGCAGUUUUUAUCAAGGUAGCUAGCUGCCUUAUUUUUGCAUGAAUCAUGGCCAUAUAAAAGAUGAAGCUAACAAAUUGGGCAACAACAUAUACAUCUCAGCUGGAUGAAUUCAAGCAUUUGUUAUGAGA